GAUAACUGUGUGCGCGCUCGUGAAGGUGAGUGGCGUGGAUGAAGGAGUCCAACAACCUUGAAGAACGCAUGUCCAGCCGAAUAAACAGGCGACAGAUGGAGCCUGGAAAAUCAUGGAUCCAGACAACCUUUUACAAGAGGGAGUGUGUGAAAUUUUUGCCGGUGUCAUGGGUCGAUCACAGGUGUUCUCCUGUUUGCCACGUUUGCCAGAACUUAAUCAGAUGCUGUUGUGGAAGGCUAAUUGGGGAACAUGUGGAGCUUGACUCCAUGUCUCGGGGCCGAGGCCCCGCCCCACCCAUGUCGUCUCCGCCCUCAGGUGACAGGGAGGAUUGGUCUGUGACCAAGCACACCAAGGCCAGCUCCACCGAUGCCUUUGGCUCAAUCGACUUCCAGGGCAGCACCAAGCGGACCUGCCGUGCCAAGUACGUGCGUCUGUCCUGCGACGCUAAGCCAGAGCAGUUGCUGUGUCUGAUGCUGAGAGAAUGGAACCUAGCUCCACCCAAGCUGGUGAUCUCCAUACACGGUGGGUUGGAGAACUUCCCUCUCCCACAGCGAGUGGGCCAGGCUUUCAGCAAGGGCCUUAUCAGAGCUGCUGAGACAACUGGAGCCUGGAUCCUCACAGAUGGGUUCAAUACAGGAGUUUCUAUGUAUGUUGGAGAUGCCGUGAAACUCUAUGGUACCCAUGAGCGCAGGAAGAGAAAUGUCAUUGGGGUUACGCCAUGGGGCCUGGUGGAGAAUCACAGGGACCUCAUAGGACAAGACGUCUUGCGACACUACCACACCCUGGGUAAUCCCCUGAGCAAGCGCUCCAGUCUCAAUUGCCUGCAUUCACACUUCCUGUUAGUGGAUGAUGGAACUCUGGGUAAAUCAGGAGGCCAGCUGGAGCUGAGGAGGAGGCUAGAGAGACACCUCCACCGGCAGAGGAUCCACCCCAGACUGGGACAGAGAGUUCCCGUGGUGUGUGUGGUGGUGGAGGGGGGUCCCCCUGUUCUCUCCCUGGUGCUGGAGUAUGUGAGCAGGACUCCCCCUGUGCCCGUCAUCGUGUUUGAGGGCACAGGCCGGGCAGCAGACCUGCUGGCUCUGAUCCACAAACAAACCGCUGUAGACAGGAAGCUAGACACUGACAUUAAGGAGGAUUUCCUGCUGCGGGUCCAGGCCGUGUUCGGGGUGGGGAGGCCAGAAGCCUCUCAACUCUUCACUGUGCUCACCAGUUGCAUGGGGCACAGGGAGAUGAUCACCAUUUUUGACUCUGAAUCGGAGGACCAUCUGGAACCGGAUGUGGCCAUUCUGACAGCCUCACUGAGAGGCACACCAGCUGAUCAGCUGAGCAUCACCUUGGCCUGGGACAGGGCAGACAUUGCUCAGGAGCAUAUCCUGGUAUAUGGGCAGCAAUGGAAGGUGGGGGCCCUGGAACAAGCCAUGCUCAAUGCUCUGUUGAUGGACCGUGUGGGCUUUGUGAAACUGCUCAUUGAGAAUGGCAUAACUCUGAAGCACUUCCUGACCGUGUCACGCUUGGAGGAACUCUACAACACGCAGCAAGGCUCUCCAGAUAAUUUCCUUUAUCAUAUAAUUGAGGAAGCCAAAAAGUGCCGUCUUUCUGUGGGACAUAAAAUUUCUCUCAUUGACAUCGGCAUGGCGAUCGAAUACUUGAUUGGGGGAGCAUAUCGAAGCACCUACAUGCGCAAGAGCUUCCGUGCUGUAUACAACCAAAUUCAUUCCGCACUGAAGGAGGCCAGCCAGGAGGGCUCGGGGAUGGUGGGUAAGCCCAGAAAGCGCGGCGUGGACCCAGCAACAGCUCCUCAGACCCAGCCCCCCUUCUUCCGCACGGCAGAGCCCUAUAGGCGCAAGCAGGAGAACCCGUCUCUGCCCCAUGAACUGGAGCUGGCAUCGCCAGCCGAGCUGGGAGGCACGUCCUUGUUCGUGUAUAGCAUCAACGACCUGUUUGUGUGGGCAGUGUUGAUGCGCCGCCAGCAGAUGGCACUUUUUCUGUGGCAGCAUGGUGAACAGGCCAUGGCCAGGGCCGUGGUGGCCUGCAGACUCUACCGUGCCAUGGCGACCGAAGCCAAGGAGAGGAUCAUGGGUGAUAGCAUUGCAGAGGAACUGAAGAAGUUCUCAAUAGAGUUUGGUCAGUUGGCUGUGGACCUCCUGGACAAGGCCUUCAAGGAGAAUGAGUGCAUGGCCAUGAAGCUGCUGACCUCGGAGAUGACGGACUGGAGCAACUUCACAUGCCUGCAGAUGGCCGUGGCUUCUGGUCUCCGGCCCUUCGUGGCCCACUCCUGCACCCAGAUGCUCCUCACCGACCUGUGGAUGGGCCACCUUAAUAUGAGGAAGAACUCGUGGGUUAAGAUCAUCGUGAGUAUCCUCCUGCCCAUGGCCAUCCAGCUGCUGGAGUUCAAGAGCAAGGCCGAGAUGUCCCACAUACCUCAGACGCACGAGGCCCUGCAGUUUGGGGUGGAGGCGGCCAGUUCUGGAGCUCCGCCCACUGAAACAGCGGUGCAAGCAGAGCAGUGCGAUGCGGAGAGUGGGAGGAACUGUGCUCAGAGCAGGUCAGGUCUGGCUGUACGGUGUCUGCCCUGGGCCAGAAAGGUCUAUGACUUCUACAAUGCACCUGUGGUCAAAUUCUGGUUCCACACGAUGUCCUACCUGGCUUUUCUCAUGCUCUUCUCCUACACGGUUCUGGUGAGGAUGGAGAGCAGGCCCAGUGCUGCAGAGUGGCUGGUCAUUGCAUACAUCAUCUCUACUGCCGUGGAGAAGACCCGGGAGUUGUGGGUAUCUGAGCCGAGGAAGUUCAGGAAAAAACUGAAAGUGUGGUUCAGCGAGUACUGGAAUAUUAGUGACUUCAUCGCCAUCUUCCUCUUCUUCACGGGCUUGGUCCUGCGCUGUCAGUCGGACCCCGCCCGCACUGCUGGGCGCCUCAUGUACUGCCUGGACAUCAUCUUCUGGUUUGUCCGUCUAAUGGACAUUUUAGCCAUUAACCAGCAAGCUGGACCCUACCUCACCAUGAUCACUAAGAUGAUGAGCAACAUGUUUUACAUCAUGAUCAUAAUGGGCAUCGUGCUGGUGAGUUUUGGCACGCCAAGGUGGUCCAUCCUGAAGCCGGACGAGGAGCCUUCCUGGGACCUGCUGAAGCAAGUGCUCUUCCAGCCCUACUUUAUGAUGUUUGGAGAGGUCUAUGCUGGAGAGAUCAACCCCUGCGAGGCAGACCCAGACUGCCCUCCAGGUUCUUUCCUCAACCCACUGCUGCAGGCGGUCUAUCUCUUUAUGCAGUACAUCAUCAUGGUCAAUCUCCUUAUUGCCUUCUACAAUAACGUUUACGUGCACAUGAAGACCAUAUCCAACAAGCUGUGGAAGUACAACCGCUAUCGUUACAUCAUGACCUACCAGGAGAAACCCUGGCUACCCCCACCCUUGAUCCUCCUGAGUCACAUGACCUUGUGUGUCAGCGCACUGUGGCACCGAAAGCGUGGGGCAGCGGGACAAGAGAGAGACUCGGGUCUCAAGUUGUUCUUGGCUCCUGAAGAUUUAAAGAAGCUACAUGAGUUUGAGGAGAAGUGCGUGGCUGCGUAUUUCCGUGACAAAAAUGAAAGCCAGAACAGCAGCCAGCUCAACCGGAUCCGAUCUGCCUCGGACAAGGCAGAGGAGAUGGUGACCACAUUGUCAGAAGUGGCAGAGAAGGUCCAGUUCAUACAGGAAAGCCUUCAAACCCUGGAUGGUCACCUGGGCCGGCUGCAGGACCUGUCCGCCCUAGCCGUGGACACACUCAACCUCCUCUCGGCGACUGACAACAGGCAACAUGAGGCUGUCCUUCUUGGCAACAGCCAGCCAAUCAGAAGACCGUAUCAGCAGCUAUCUCACAGCUGGAGCCUGCGGAUUGGUGGGAACGUCAUGCCCAACCAGGCCCCUCUGUCCCCGAAGGCCUACCGCAGCACUCCACCCUCACUGUUGCGUGGGCUUGGGCUGGGCAAGAAACAUCCUUCCCUGGAAUGGCCACCAGGGGGCGGUGCUGGUCUAUGGGACAGCCAGCCCAAGUGGGUGUUGGGAAACUUGGAUGGGGAUGAUAGUGUUUUUAGAUGUAGGCUCAACGGAGACUCAUAUGAAGGCUCGCCGGCAGGGAACCGCCUUUUGCACGGCUCUUUCUCUCACCUAUGGGGGGUGCCAUGGAGAGACAGGAUGUCAUGCGACUCGUCCGGGCCGUCCUGUCCCAGCUCCCCCACAGGACUCUGGGCUCCUGAGUCCCACCUGCGUCCCAGCCAGGAGGAGUCGAUGGAAGAGGAAGAUGACGACGAGGAACGGAGCGUCUCCAGGGCCUCGAGUCACGUCUUUCUCCUGCCUGACCCCCAGAGUGAAACGGGCAGACGGAUGGGGAUUCUGAACCCCGCUUUCUGUGGUGAUGGCGAAUUAGCCAAGCGGCGGCCGUUCAGGAAGUGGCCUUAUGCCGGUCCAGAGCAACAGCUGGAGCACAGCCGAUCCCUCUCAGCCAGUGUUGAAACCCUGGCCAUGCCCAGAGCAAGGACACCAAGGCACAGCACUACAGGUGAAGACACAGUGCCCCCUCCAGGGCAGGAGGAGAAAGAACUGUCCCGAACCUUGGAAAGAAAGCGAUCAUUUGGCAGGAAGUGUGUAAAAAUCCAGGAAGGCAAAGCAAAGAAUGUAAGGAGGUUUGAAAAGUGCACGCACACGGUGGAGUCCAGCCGGAAGAACAGGGCAAAAGGGAAGGGCUUGGCUGGACGCAAGUUCCGAUCGUCCGUCAGUCUGACCCAGCUGAACUUCGAUCAAGUGGAUUUCUCACAAAAGUCACUGGGUCCGAACACCAGACGCUUGAGCCAGUCUGCGUGGAGCAGCUGGUCCCAGUCUGUCAGCGGCAGGUCUUCAGUACAGAGCUGGGUAACAGGCGAGGCAAGAGGUGCAUUGCUGAAAUCAACUGAAGACUUGGACCCACAUUACUCAGCAAUGGAGAGGAACAACCUGAUGAGAUUAGCACACACGAUACCAUUCACACCUGUCUCCCUGCUGGGAGGAGAUGAGGUGUGCGUGUACACUCUCGAGGAGUCCGACUCCGAGUCCACUCUGAUCGGCACUUCUUCCUGGUGCCAAAGGGGGCAGACUGCCGUGCUGCAGCCCAUUACCCACCAGGGGGCGCUGGACGGCGGUCUGCGCAGAGCCCUGAGGGUGGUGUGUACCUGGGCCGAAGGAGAUGUGCUCAAGCCAGGCUGCGUGUAUGUGGUGAAGGCUUUCAGGACUGAGGUGGUGCGCACAUGGCAGAGAGAGUUCCCCAACAGUACCUCUCUUCAUCUCUGCUUAAGGGAAAUCCAGCAACAGAGAGCAGCUCAAAAGCUCAUGCAGGUUUUCAACCAGGUCAAGCCCAUAACUGUUCCCCACUCUCUCAGGUUCCUGGAUGUGUCCUUGCUUUACUGGCCAGCUGAAGGUGAGUGGCUGACCAUUGAGAGGAACAUGAGCGGCGACUUUAUGAAGUAUAGUAACAACACCGGGGAAGAGAUUGCGCCCUCUUGUGGCCUGGAGGAGACAGUGCUUGCUUUCUCCCACUGGACAUAUGAGUACACAUGCAGAGAGCUGCUGGUCCUCGACUUGCAAGGUGUGGGCAUGGAGCUGACAGACCCCUCUGUGAUCAGGGUGGAUGAUAAGAGCUCAUCUGAAGACCUGGUGUUUGGGCCAGCCAACCUGGGGAAUGAUGCCAUCCACCACUUCAUCCUCAAACACACCUGCAACUCAUGCUGUGGGAAACUGGGGCUUUCAGAUUUAAGGAAAUGCAGUGGUCUUCAGAAAUCCAACUCUGACUCUGAUGAGGACGUGAGCAUGGUUUGACCCGUGACCCAGGAUUAUCAUCUUUAUUUUUGUUGCUAUGGGAAUGGGUUCAGCCCAUAAUCUGCUUCCUAACACUUCUGAUUGUGAACCCAAGAAGAAAUUACAUGUCACUGGUACUUUUAGAUUUGGAGAAUUUUCCCAUGAUUUCACCACUGGUGUAAGAACACAAUGUCAGACGUCUAAUGGGAACGUGGGGACGUGGGAACGUUUUGUUCCUAUAAGACCGGAGCACAAUGUAGUGCAGAUGUCAUUCCAAACUAAUAUGGAAAUUUGGAUAGAACAUAAGGAAGUGGGAAGUGUGAAUGUCUAGCACUACACAUGGUCUCCCGGUUGAUAAUUGUUUUAUACCACUUUAUAUACAGUACAUGUUUAUAUAUACUUAAGCUUAUUAACAAUAACGAGACUAGAAUAACUAGAGAAAUGAUUGUAGUUUGAUACUAUAAAUGAGAAAACAAUUUGCAUUCAUAAAAUUGUCUUUAUUCCCCACCCCCAC